UGCUUCCCACUAAGUACUGACCUAGUCUUUAUUUUGACUUAGCUAUCAUCUUAGUGGCUAACCAUGAAGCCAUUACAUGACUGUUAAGAAUACUAUCAAUUUGUAGUAUAAAUCUAGAGGUUCCUACUCAACUAUGCAACACAAGUCUUAGUUCUAUCCUCCUCUUCUCCAAGUUUAGUUGGUUGGAAAAGCAAAUGAGGAGCUUUGGAAAUUUGGGGCAAUGGCCUCUACUUUCAUUUGCUUUGGCAAUUUGCUUUGUAGCCAGCACUGUUGUUGCUGACUACUCUUAUGACUAUACUUCUCAUUCACCUUCUUACAAUUCUAAGAAAGACUACAAAUCACCUUCUCCAUACUACAAGAAACCGGAAAAACAUGUUGAACAUUCUCCAUCACAUUACUAUUACAAGUCGCAUGCUCCUUCAAAACACUACUAUAAGGCACCUGUUGUUGCGAAGUAUUACCAGUCACAUGCUCCUUCAAAGCACUACUACAAGGCACCUAUUGUUACGAAGUAUUAUAAGUCCCAUGCUCCUUCAAAGCACAACUACAAGGCACCUGUUAUGGCAAAGUAUUACAAGUCACCUGCUCCUUCGAAACAAUACUACAAGGCACCAAUGGUAGUGAAGUAUUACAAGGCACCAAUGGUAGUGAAGUAUUACAAGUCACCAGCUCCUUCAAAGAAUUACUACAAGUCACCAACUCCUUCAAAGUACUACUACAAAUCGCCAGCUCCUUCAAAGUACUACUACAAGUCGCCAUCACCAGCAAAGUACUACAAGUCACCUGCUCCAUCAAAGUACUAUUACUACAAGUCCCCAUCCCCUUCAAAAUAUUACAAAUCACCCGCUCCUUCUAAAUACUAUAAAUCACCAGCACCACAAACAUAUUACAAGUCACCUGUUUACUACAAGUCUCCUCCACCACCACCAACUUAUUAUGAGAAAUCACCUUCUUACUACAAGUCCCCUCCCCCUCCACCAUACUACAAAGAAUCUACCCCUUACUACAAGUCCCCCCCUCCUCCCCCAUACUACAAAGAAUCUACGCCUUCCUACAAGUCCCCUCCACCUCCACCAUACUACAAAGAAUCUACCCCU